AUGCUUGAAAUCCUGACUGUCUUGAGACCGUUACAGGUAAAUCCCCAUUUUCCAGGCUAAGGUUCCACAAAUUUUCCUAUUUUUCAGGCGAGGUGUACAGAGGAAAGUUGGUCGAGGCCGAGGACAACAUGAACUGCCAGUUGGCCGAGACGAUCGUCACUAUAGAAGCCAUCAGCUGGAGAAUGUGUUCAUUCGCGAAAACAAGGUACCCAAGUCCAUGAUUCGCACUGAAAUUCACCGAAAACUCGUUCAGAUUCGCUUCAUGAUCCUUCCGGACAUGCUAAAGAACGCGCCAAUGUUCAAAAACAUUGUAACUUGUGCGUGUUUUCGUGUGCAGACCGAAUUGAAUUCAUUCCAUCGUGAUCUCGUUCCGAUUUUUCUUGUUCCUCUGUCUGCACCCUCCCUCUUUCUCCUUUUCACAUUUUGUUUUUCGUUCGGCCCAAUUUUAUAAUAUGAAUUAUUCCCUUUCUAUGAUGACCAGUUCGCCCGGAGAUUUUCCCUCGAGAUUUGCCUACUUUUCGCCACUUUUUUGCCCAUUUCCACCUCAUGGAUCACUCCCCGAUCGGAUUAUUCCUAUUCUCGCUCAUUUUUUAUUCGCAUUUCAACGGAAUUUUCGACAGUGUCGAACAUUCGCCGAUCGGCAUUUUGGAUAGGUCCCGUCUUUUGGCGGGCACCGACAAAUGCGUCCUCAAAUACUUGCAAGGCAUCGAUCCGCUAAAAGUAGGCUAAAAUAUUGAAAGUUUAGCGAAAAAAAAACGUAUUUAGAGCUUCCAACUUUUGCCAUUCAUGCUCGAAAGAUGUGCUCUUUCCGAAUAUUUCCCGCUCGAAGAGUACGGCGCCCGUCGAAACGGCACGGCGAGAAUUUUUACGAUUUUUCCGCUUUUUCAGGUGGAAGAAUUGAAAAUAUUCAAUUUUCCUCAAAAAAACGCACCUUUUCAGCAUGCCCAUCUGAAAGCGUGCAAUAGUUUUCUGUUUUUCGGCACCUCUUCAUUUGAAAUGGCGCCAGAAUUGGAAAUUUUGACGUCGGCCGAUUUUGGCCAACUCGACUGCCGUUAUUUAAUUGUGGAAAAACGCGAAAAUACACAUGGGGUACGCGCUUUUCGUGUCUCGUCGCGUUUCCGGUGCCUUGACCCUGUUUUUGCAGCUUCGCCACUUUGUACGCGUUCCAGAAUUGACGGAAUUGCACUUGAAUGAUGUUCUGAUGCAGUACAAGGAUGACAAGGAAUUUGUAAGCAACAUUUGAAUUUUUGAAGACUAUGGAUUUGAAAAGAAUUGCAAUCAAACUGCAAUCAGAACGUUUGUUUUCGAUAUUUCGAGCGAAUUCAAUUUUUGCAGAUAAUUGAGCACUUGUACAUUGCAGAAAUGCGUGAAAUUUCCGAGAAAUUCGCGGAAAAGAUUCUUAGAAUCCGCGAAAUUUACGCGGUUUUACCCUGUCAAAUAACCGUCAGAUUUUCAAAGUUUGUCCGCGAAGAGCGAUUGUGGAAAUUCGCGGAGGAAGUGCUCCAAAACGAGCAGUACAUUCUGAUGAGCGUUCGCACAAUCGGACACUAUACAGAGUGCGUGAAUCGAUCGAUAAACUGUCUAAUGGGGUUAUUCAGGCUGUGAAAAACAUGAUUUUUUUCCGCUUUUUUUUCGGUUUUUUACGUCAAAAAACCCAAUUCAGCGGUGUAAAAAAACGGAAAAAGAACGGAAAACAAACAUACGCUGAAUAGCCCCCUAAAUUCGCCGAUAACUUUUCCGAUUUUUCCACUAUUUUAUCGACAAACUCUCCAAAAAUAUAUCAAUACCUAUUUUCUGUUGAAUUUUUCAGAUUUUAUUUGUUCGCCAGUGCCGAGUACGAAUGCAUGAUGCGCUAUGUCUGAAUACAACUUUUAUUGAAAUAAAAACUUAUUCCAGCUGUCCACGGUGUGAAAAACGAUUUUACGUUUACGGUGGUUUUUACUUUUUUUUUAUGAUAAAAGUGAUUUUCCUCGAAUCUAUUACUUUUGUACUAUUUGUCUAAAAUCAGAAAUGCCAGAUUUGAUCAGUAAGAACAGUAGAUUAGGCAUCAAAAGACACAAAAACGUUCAAAAAACGAUAGGGACUAUAGAAAAGUUAGAUAAAAAUUGAAUUGUAUGCUAGUCCUCAUUUCCUGACAAAAACAGUACGCUUUCAUGGAUUUUACAGAUCUUACGGAAUUUACGGAUUUUACGGCUUCUUGAAACCGUAAAUUUGGAUUAUCCCUGGAGCGUACUGUUUUUGGCAGGAAAUUAAAACUGCCAUACAAUUUUUUUUUGUUUAAUUCUAAAAAGAACAAUAUUAUUUAUAAAUUGUGAUGAAAAAGGCAAAAGCUUACAACAUCCAGGAUUCCCAGGCCGUCUUCUUCAACGUGAUAUGCCACAGGUGAAACGCGGUUGAUCAAUUAUACAAUUAAUUGAGCCAAUUGUAGACAAAUUAUCAACAAACCGCGAACGGGAUGAGAAGCAGAUUGGCGCAAAACACAGUGUAUAAUAGAGAAAUCGCGCUUGUUCGCGAUUGAUGUAUAAUUAGUGAAUUAUUGACAAGUUCGCGAACGAGGGUGCACAGCAUUCAAACAUUUGUGAUUUUUUUCAUAUUUUCGUUUGUUUUUAUUGCAAUUUCGCAUGCUUUUAUGUAAUUAAACCAGAGUAGAGCAUACAGGAUUCGCAUUUCAACUCGUUAUGGUUCAUUGCCACAACUAAUACUUCCUUCCAGAAACAGACAGCCGCAGGUGAGAAAAUGGAUUUUUGAUUCAAUUGCAUCAGAAAAAAGAUUUCAGAUAAUGCAAACGAAUUUGGAAAAAGAGAAGAAUAA